AUGUGUCUCGCAAGUGCUAUACCAAAUAAUCAUUGGCGAAUUUGUGCAUGUCACGAAGAUAAAUGCAAUGAAGGCGGUAUUGAUGAAAUGUUAAGAAAAUAUAUGAGUGUAAAACCAUUGGAAACGAGCACCCUUUCGUUGGAUUUGUUCGAUCGCGACAUUGAAAUAAUAUUGAAUGGUUAA